AUGUUCGCAACUUGCACCACGAAAGUGAUGGCUAAGCGCGAUCUCAGAAUUGUGGAGGGCGCAGUCGAUCGAAUCAGACUUUGGAGAAAGAUUGAUCUGGACACAUGGAAAGCCCCUGCCAUGUUGAGCCUCAACUGGCAGGGAGAGGUGACUCAAACCGCGAACCUACUUUCGGUUGAUUCAGAUCAGUCUGUUUUAAAAAAUCCAACACCACACAAGCAACAUACUCAGUUCGCUAUGCAGUUCAACUUUCUACCAGCAUUCAUGCUCAUUGUUGUCGCUUCGGCAGUCCUAGAAGCUACUGCCGUUCCCAUCGCCAACAUCAUGCGGGUCAAAGGACUUAACAUCAAGACUCUCGCCAAGGUCACUACCAACAGCACCGCCGGGACACCCGUCAGCAACAAGCAGAUGGCUAAGGGUUUUGGCUGGUAA